AUUUCAUUUUGAUUAUUGCUGUAGUUAACUCCGGAGUUUGAUAAUGUCAUUCCCUCACAUAAACUACAUUUCCCAGCCGCCCGCUGUCGCUGUACGUAGCAGUCAGAUAGCGGCUCGUGCAGGAAUGGUGCUGAGGCAAAUACGCACGAGCGCAUCACAGCCACACGGCACCACCCGCUCGUGCAUGCGGCCGCAACGCUGCGCACUACGGUUUUUUUUCACCGAUUUUACAAGACCCAUCAACGACUUUUCUUGAUACGGAGGUGCGAGGGCUUAUGUGGCGGAGUUAUUUUUUUAUUUUUAUUUGUUUUUAAUUAUUCGCUUCGUUGGCUCGAGCACUUUGACGAGCACCGGGCGAUUGAAAUAUGUACGGAGCGCGCUGAUAGCCGAGCGUGAGACAUCCAUGACACUGGACUCUGAAACGGUCUGCGGAUAAUAAUGAGCACCGCUUUUCACCAGCAGGCUGUUCACAGUUCCCCGGAACAGCAGACGGGACAGCGGCAGAGCGGCCCCAUCCCGUGUCAAAACUGUGGCAAUCCGUGCAAAGGCGAGGUGCUCCGGGUGCAGAACAAACACUUCCACAUCAAGUGCUUCGUCUGCAAAGUUUGUGGAUGUGACUUGGCUCAGGGAGGCUUUUUUGUGCGUCAGGGUGAGUAUAUCUGCACUCUGGAUUAUCAGCGUCUUUAUGGCACCCGCUGCUUCAGUUGUGAAGAGUUCAUUGAAGGGGAAGUUGUGUCCGCCCUGGGCAAGACGUACCAUCAACGCUGCUUUGCCUGUGCCAUCUGCAAGCAGCCAUUUCCAGCUGGGGGCCGCGUGACGUUUAAUGGAAAGGAGUGUGUUUGUGAGAAAUGCAUUCAGCCAGUAAACAGCAUGGCACCCCCACAGGCUGUGCACAAUUGCUGUGGCUGUGGAAAGGAGUUUAAAAAUGAGCAGUCUCUGGUGGCAUUGGAGAAACACUGGCAUCUUGGCUGCUUCAAGUGCAAAGUGUGCAAUAAAGUGCUAAAUGCCGAAUAUAUCAGCAUGGAUGGAAUUCCCUACUGUGAGGCAGACUACCAUGCCAUGUUCGGCAUCCAGUGUGAAACCUGCAGGAAAUACAUCACUGGAAAAGUACUUGAGGCUGGAGAAAAACACUAUCAUCCCACAUGUGCCAGAUGUGUACGUUGUGACAAGAUGUUUGGGGAGGGGGAGGAGAUGUACCUUCAAGGUUCUUCCAUUUGGCAUCCUCCUUGCAGACAGGCAGCACGUAAUGAGGAGAAGAGUAAGGUGAGGAGAACCUCUUCUGAGAGCAUCACCUCUGCUCCUGCCUCUAGUGCAUCUGGCUCUCCUAGCAGAGUUAUCUAUGCAAAGCUGGGUGAUGAACUUCUGGACUACAAGGACCUGGCUGCUCUUCCUAAAAUCAAAGCGAUCUACAACAUUGACAGACCUGACAUGCUCUCAUACUCUCCCUAUGUCAGCUACCCUGUGGAGGAUAGGACUUUUGGAGAGUCACCGCAGCAACUCACACCUACUCCAACUGAGGGAGAUGGGGAAAAGUCUCCCCGGCAGAGGAGGCCCUCCAGCCCCAGCUCCAACAGCUCUGUAGGGGGUUAUGGCCGCUAUACGCCUUCCCGCUCGCCUCAGACCUACAGCAGACCAGAUCAAUAUCUAAGUGCCAAAUACACCAUUCAUCCAGAAAAUGCCAAUUUGUUGGCUGUUCCAACUUCGGGGAGGAGUAGUGUCCAUGGUAGUGCCAGAGGCUCCUCCCCACUACCUUUGUACAGCGGCAGUGGUAGAAACACACCACAGGCAGGGAGCGGUGGCAUGGCCCUGCCCCUCAACCCCACUACUCUGGCUUUGCUCCAACAGCACACCUACAUCCCUUACUUCAGAGGUAGUGAAAGUGGUCGGAGUACCCCCAGUCUCUCCACCUACUCUGAUGGAAAAUCUCCUUCCUCAACAUACGUGGCAGCACCACGACAUUUCCAUAUUCCAGAGACUAAAGUCAAAGAUAAUAUCUAUAGAAAGCCCCCUAUCUACAAACAGCAUGCUUCCAGAACCUCCUGGCAAGAUGGUGAUGACAUAGACAAAAAGACCAGAACAAGUUGGAUGAACCUGAAGAGUGAGAUGGAUAGACAGUCUCCAGAUCUGGACCCCAGGACCUCCACCCACAGCUUACCCACCGAUAUUUCUCAACCCAACUUUCCAUACAAUAAAUCUGCUUCACUGCCAGGAUAUGGGCGGAAUGGCAUCUACAAGGCGGCUGAUCUUGGCGAGGAUGAGGGUGAUCAUGACUCAUCCUGGAGUGGAAUGAGAGAGUACAAGGUCUACCCCUAUGACGUGCUUGCUGUGACCCACAGAGUCAGAGUAAAACUACCACGGGAUAUCGACCGCACCAGACUGGAGAGGCACCUGUCACCUGAGGACUUCUUCAGUGUGUUUGGGAUGACCAUUGAACAGUUUGACCGUUUGGCCUUGUGGAAGAAAAAUGACCUUAAGAAGAAAGCCCGCUUGUUUUAAGUUAAGCUGAAUCGCUUGAAGGAAAGCAAAGAUCAAGAGAAAACCUCUUCUUAUCUUCUCCUGUGUGCAUGGAGGGAUGAGUGUGAGAGAAAUAUAUAUGCACCUCCGUUCUGCUGCAUGUCAUCUCAUCUCACACUGAGGAAAAGUGCUUUCACAAUGCUGUUUGCCAUCUAGCUCCGUUUGUGAACACCACACCACAUGGCCUGAAUGUUACUCUGAUGAUGGAUGGUCAGAACUGAAUUCUUUACUAUUCUCCUUGUUUUUCUCUGAUUGUCUUUGAUCUUGCUCUCUUGGCUGUCUUUGUGAUUACUGCAUUGUAUUCUCUCUUUGUUAAAAAAAAUGCUUAAUAGUGAUAUGAGCCACUUUCUUUACAUUUUAUACCGUUGAUAAACAUGGCCAACCAGCUCUACUUGUAAGUCUUUUUGUUAUGUAAUAAUAUCAGUCUUCCCUUCCCCCCAUGUCUUUAUUUUUUUUUAUUAGUCUUGUCUUUGUCUACGCAUAUUGUUUGCUCAGUGUCUUUCUCUCGCUUUUUGUCUCUUCAGUGUCUCUUGCUUGCCUGUCCCUCUUCUUAUCUCCUAGACAUGAUACUUAGCUGCUGCUUGGACUGUAAUAUCAGCUUUAUGGAAUCUCAUCCAUCCAUGGCUUCAGCAUGACCGGGCCAAAGACUCAAUCGGAGCAAGAAGUCAACAAAGCACCUUACACCAAACCUAACCAGACGCAAUGCAAUAAAACAACAAGAAAAAACCUCUUCCAUGUCAUAUUUAGUCCUAACCAGCCUCGAGUGUGAGAAGCAAAGACCAACAGGACACUUUCUCAGUCGCUUGGCUUCUAUUUCCACCACAUCAUGCUGGGUAGCCCCGCCCACUGUGAAAUCUCAUUGGUUCUUCAGAACUGUUCAUUAAACAUCAUAUAUCUUCUCAUUGGCUGUGAUUUUGUCACAUCACGCAUAAGUUUUCGAACUUGCUGUAUCGCGCCUGGUUAGGACAAAGUGUUAGUUGAUAUGUUUAAUAAUCUUCACUGUUGCUGAAUGGAAAAAUGCAGCGCUUUUGUGUUAUAUUAUGUAUUUGUUUGCUUUCCAGGUCAAUGUCAUGAUAUUACAGUUAUUCAAUAAGACAUUUAGAGUUGUUCUAAACUGAUAUCUGGACUUCACAUACAGUACUCUUGCCAUAUACAGUAUAAUGUGCACAGAACAUAUAGUUGUAAACUUCAUCAAGAGCAUCAGCUAGACAUUCUCAUUGUUUUAAUCAACAUAAAUGAAAGUGCUCACGAGUAGACACUUAUUUUUUUAUGUUUUUUUUUUUUUCAUACAGAUGUUAACCAGAUACUUUAUUUUCCAUCUGCUAAUGAUUGCAACAUUCACUUUAGCAUGGAGCCAUGCCAAAGUCAACAGAUUCUGUAGCAAUUAGCAAAACUAAUACAACCCAACACUUAAUAAAGCAUGUAGUUCAGUGGCGCUUUAUUUUAAACUCAAA